GCACAGGACAAUAUUCCAGAAUAAUAAAACAAACCGGACUUUAACGGGACAGCUAGAUCUACAGAAGGGUCCAUACCCAGUUUCUAUUUGAUAUAUUCUACCCUUUUCACUAAAUAGACGGGAGCUUCAGCCCACCGUGUAUAUGUGUGUGUUUAUUCCCGGUUUUGGAUCACAAUGAUGCAAAGUGCGGCUGUUCUACCAACAGAGAGUCCUGUGAAGGGUCUACCGGAGAUACUCGGAGUGCCAAUGCAACAAAUCCCCCAGUGUGCGGGCUGUAGUCAACACAUCCUCGACAAGUUCAUCCUGAAGGUGCUGGACCGCCACUGGCACUCCAAGUGCCUCAAGUGCGCGGAUUGUCAAGCGUUGCUGGCAGACAAGUGUUUCUCGCGGGCGGGAAAUGUGUACUGCAAAGAGGACUUUUUCAAGCGGUUUGGAACAAAGUGUGCAUCAUGCCAACAGGGGAUACCGCCGACCCAGGUGGUGCGGAAGGCCCAGGACUUUGUGUACCACCUGCACUGCUUCGCCUGUGUCAUGUGCAGCCGGCAGCUGGCCACUGGGGAUGAGUUCUACCUCAUGGAAGACGGCAGGCUGGUGUGCAAGGAGGACUACGAGACGGCCAAACAGAAUGAUGAUUCAGAGGCAGGUGCAAAGCGACCACGAACCACCAUCACAGCCAAACAGCUGGAGACCCUUAAAAUCGCCUACAAGAACUCUCCCAAGCCAGCGCGCCACGUCCGCGAGCAGCUCUCCUCAGAGACGGGGCUGGACAUGAGAGUAGUGCAGGUGUGGUUCCAGAAUCGUCGUGCAAAAGAGAAGCGUCUGAAGAAGGACGCAGGGCGGCACCGCUGGGGUCAGUUUUACAAAAGUGUCAAACGUAACCGAGGGGGCAACAAAGUGGAGAAGGAGAGUUCAGCAGAUGAUGCGGGACUGAGCGACAGUGAGCUCAGCUUCAGAGACGACCAGAUCCUGUCAGACCUGGGCCACACCAACGGUCUGUAUGGGAGUGUGGGCGACGUGGCCAACGGAGGCUUGUUGAACGGAGGCUUCUCUCUGGACGCUGCUGGACAACCCUAUCAUGACAUUCGGCCGGGCAGUCCCUACGGCCUCCCCCAGUCGCCGUCGUCCAUCGCCUCGCUGUCCGGCCACACCCCGCUGCUCAACAACCUGGGCUUCACCAUGGACAGCAUCAUGAUCCAGGGGGGGCAGGGUGGCGUGGGACAGGCUCUCAGGGCCAUGGCAGGAGGCCCCACCUCUGACCUCUCCACAGGGAGCAGCACGGGCUACCCAGACUUCCCCACCAGCCCUGCCUCAUGGCUGGACGAGAUGGACCACUCCCAGUUCUGAGCUCCACCAUGAACACAGCAGACUUGACUGGGGAACAGAGACAGACGAAGCAGGCUUUUUACAUUUCUAUUUCCCUGAAACUUGAUAUAGUUUGUUGUCCAAUAAUGGAUGUGGAAGUGGUAGACAUGCAACACGUCAGCUACCCUCCCACCACAACAGAGUAAAGGAAGUAUGGCGACCCACCACUGACCAGAGCAGAGCAGUGGCGCCACACAGAACAGAACGGAUGGACGAAACACUACUGAAUGUUGAACUUACACUGUAUUCUACUUUUUUUAUGGAUGGAUUUUUUUUCAUUCUUUGGAAAAACUGGAUUUGAAAUUUCCAGCAUGAGUCUGUGCAUUGGGAUGGUGUUUGUCAUUAAACCCUGAGGCAAGCCCAAACAGCUAUCAGCAAUGUUCAGUGGUUAGCUAGCUUAGAGGAAGUAUUUAGUGUUGUGCGCAUUGCGUCUAUGCACUUAGCUAGCUCCCGUACCAUAGCUUACAUUGCAUAUGAAGUGUGACUGGCUCAUCCGUGGAUGUAUGGAGAAAAUUACUUAUUUAUUCUUUUUUUCGGGCGGGGGGGACUCCCCCACAUGUUUCGUGCACUCUGAUUGGCUCAAAGUCAAGUUAUUGGCCAUUGACGAGCAUUGCGAUUCUACAAGUAGAAACGGUAGGUUAUUCACUACCGGGUCAGCACGCAGCAGGUGCCGCUUUUGUUCUAGCAAGAGAAGGAACGGCCUCCCACUCCUAUCAACAGGGAGAUUCUCUGUGAGUUUCAUGCUUUAGGGCCAUGGAAUCUAAAUGGAAUCCCUAAAAAAGAAGCUUCCUGCAUGCUUCUGAAUGAGGAGGAUCACUGUUGAAAAGCAUUUUACAUUGGCAAUGCACUUUACACUUCUCUUUGUACAUGGACAGCAACAAACAGAAAAGCGAUGAAUGCACAAUUACAACCCAGCAGUGUUUCCAUAUUAGAUACUUUUUUUCAAACAGUGUCACAAUUCCCAUGCUAAGUUCUUUUAAUGUAAUUCUGAAACUAACAGCACUGGGUUUUUAGGAAUUACUCCAUGUUGGUCCAGCUGUCUGUACAAUGCGAGAGCCACAGAUUCUUCUGUGUGCAAAAUGGGGAAGUUGAGAGGGGAUAGUUGCUUGCUAAAAACCCAUUCUCUUCUGUAAUGUAGGUGCUUGACUUGUUCUCGUCUGUGAAUGAUCUCCAGUCCUGGGGAUUUUGUCAGUAUUUAUUUCUCCGUUGUCCAUACUCCCAGGAUAUGCUCUCUGCUAAUAGUGGAUAGCCUCUCUCCUCAAAGUCAUUGUCAUCAAAUGACAGUAGGGUAGAGAGAAGUGCAAAGUCAAUUCAACAAGAAUGUGGGAAUUCACAUUUGAUAUCCUCUUUUACUGGUGCAGCUGACAACAUGGGGAUUCCUAUCUCAUUAUGACAGAUACGGGAACAGAAUAAUGGUUUUACUAAAUGUUUCAUUGAUACAGUAUAUUUAUUUAUCUAAAAAAAAAAAAACACACACCAACCUUAUCUUGACUGAGGAUCAUUCACUGUUAAUGCUGAAAAGCCAGUACUGAUCCUGCUUAGAAGCUGCUCUUCUCUGUCAACAGCUGUGGCAUCACUCCUCAAAGUAAACACAAGCAAAAGCGAUUAUCAAACGUAAUACUUAGAGCCACUGUAAAGCAGCUGAUGGCCUGAUUGUCAUGGUAUCGGAGUAAUGCUGUGGUGUCGUGCAUCUUACAUGACCCCCACUGGGUGAGAUUAGUUGAUUAUUUUUUUAACAAAAUCCGUCUUGUCUGAUGGUGUUGGCUUCAAGGCUUUCGUGUGGUGUCUAAAGGCCACUAGAGUAACUGUACAAGGAGGCACUUCUUUCAGAAAAAAUAAAUGAUCAAAGAUACCAUGAAAUAAACUGAGGUAACAAAAUGAGAUGCUGACGGAACAAUUCCUGUAAAAAAAAAAAUCUCAAUGUCUGUUCAUUUAUAUUUAUUUUUGUGUCAAUUGCCAAAUGUGGAACCAGCUGAAAAGAGCAUACAUUAUGCCAACCGGAAUGCAAAUCAACAAACAGUAAAACAACACAUGUAAAUGUACACACACACCAAUAUCAUUUUUGUUCAAUCUAUGUUGCCUCAGAACUUUGCUUCUUAAUUGUUGUACAUUUUGUACAGUUUCAAAAGGUGUUGACAGGCUUAUUUCACGAGCUCUAUUUAUUUCCAUGUGUCUUUGAAAAAGAUGAAACAGAGAGCACUGAAUCUAUUCAUAUAAGCCUUCUGUGCGAUGGUAUGAACUGUGUACAGUAAAAACUAUACGAGGAAAUAAAGCUGAAUUGUCUUUGGAUUAAA